CGAUGGUGCGGCGGAGGGAGGAGAAGGGUUAAUGUGUCCGUGUUACCCAGCUGACAGGCUCUCAUACCGGGGCAGGAGGGGCGGGGGAUCCCAUGGUCGGGGAGGCUGGCGGUGUAGGAGUGCGGGGGGCAGUCCUGGGAGCUCUAUGACUGUAUCCCGGGGGGAGAUGGUGCUUGGACUCGGCUGGGAGCUGAUAGAGCUGAGGGUAGGCGUGUGGCAGCAGCUGGGGUACGUCUAGCAGGAGCUGGGGGGCUGUGAUCUCGGUGUGGGGGCGCUCAGGAUGGCUGUGGGAUUAGCUGGGGGCUCAGGCAGUCUGGGGGGCAGUGCUGGGGGAGCACACGGUCGUUAGGGGUCUCUCUUAUAUCCAGGGGGGCAGAGUUUGGAGGUGACCCCCCUUUCUCUGCUCUCAUUGAUCCUGGCUGCUGGGGAGCACAGUGUCUUCAGUGGUCUCUAGGGGGGCAGAGUUUGGAGGUGACCAGUGAUUCCCCCCCCAGCACCCUCUAUCUCUGCUCUCAUUGAUCCUGGCUGCUGUGACCUUGCUGAUCGCUUAUUGAUUAACAGGAGGUGACAAUGUGUCAGCUGUGACCUGUUCACAGAGGGGGAGGAGAGGGCUGGCAGUCAGCUGGGGAGAUCAUGACAGGAUCCUCCUGGUAGACAUUGGUGACCUUAUUAUUGUGGAGCAGUAAGUGAGUGUGUGGGUAGGUAGGUGGGUGACUCACCCUCUGGUCCCAGCCUGAGGGCUCCCUGUGCUGUGUGUGUGAUUAUGGUGAGAGCUGGGCUGUCUCUCCCAGCCAGCCAGCUUAUAAAUAGACUCUGUGUCAGGGAAGGACACGUUGGCUACUCAGCUGGGGAUUGUUCCUCUACCCAAAAACAGCCAGGUGUCUGGAUGGAGUAGUAGGCCGGCCCUUUGACCACCUAUGUGCAAGCAGGCCACUUGUGUGUUUUCCUCUUCCCUUUUUUUUCAUUUUCUUCCUUUGGAAGGGCUUUUAUUACUAACUUAGUCCUUUAACAGUGAGGAGAGGUCCUGAGGGCACCACAUCAACUCAUGAGAUCUUCCUGUAUACCAGACAGCAGGAUGAAGCCAGACAGAGACUCCAUGGAUGAGUUCUUUGAGUACGAGGCGGAGGACUUCUUGGUGUACCUUACUUUACUGAUUACAGAAGGUCGCACACCAGAACACUCUGUGAAAGGCAGGACAGAAGGUCUCCACUGCCCUCCAGCACAGUCAAGUCAGCCAGUGCUUGAUAAGCAUGAAUGCAGUGAUAAACUAACACCGUGUCAACAAGCUCGAAAAACUCGGUCUGAUGUUGCUCAUCUAUGGAGAAACAAUAUUCCUAUCAUGGUUGAGGUUAUGCUGCUCCCAGACUGUUGCUAUAGUGAUGAAGGAUUAAGCACAGAAGCAAGCGAUUUAAAUGAUCCUGCUAUGAAACAAGAUGCUCUCUUGCUGGAGAGGUGGACCCUGGAGCCUGUUCCCAGACAGAGUGGAGAUCGCUUCAUUGAAGAGAAGACCCUUCUGCUGGCAAUUCGUUCCUUUGUUUUCUUUUCUCAGCUUAGCGCCUGGUUGAGUGUGUCCCACGGAGCAGUACCUCGCAAUAUUCUGUACCGAGUGAGUGCAGCUGAUGGGGAACUACAGUGGGAUUUUUCCCAUCCACCAACUGUACACGUGUUCCCUGUCCCCAACGUAUCUCACAAUGUGGCCUUGAAAGUCAGCGUCCAGUCUUUGCCUAGACAAUCCAAUUAUCCAGUGUUGAACUGUAGCAUUCACAGCAAUGUUGGUUUUUACAAGAAAAAAUUUUCUCCAAACGAGCAUUGUGUUACAACGCCUGUGGAUUCACGGGACACCAGCCAGUGCAGUGUCCCGAGUUCUCCACAUACAUGUAGCAAACAGAUCUGGACUGUUGGACCUGAAGGGCUACUGCACACAAGGACAAGUCUAAGCACGGAUCUCACUGUUCCUGUUCGUAAUGUCAGGUUAAUUUCUAGUGAAGGGAACGAACUGGAGGUUGGAACGUCGCCAUCUAAACUUCAGUGUUUAAACGGGAUCAGCGAAUCUAAGGCAGUUCCACAAGAAUCUAUAAUUAGGAAUUUUAAAUCUUUUUCUUUGGUUGAUAUGCCCAGCAGCCCACACACAGUUCCUCCUACAGAAACCAACCCUUUAAUAGGUUCUUUAAUUCAAGAGCGUCAGGAAGUCAUAGCUAGGAUUGCACAGCAUCUCUUACAAUGCGAUCCGACAACCUCACACAUAGCUAGCCAUACCUUUAAAGUGCAUGAACCCAGUCCUGUAAAUACAAAGUUGUUCAGGAACACAUUUGAAGAUGAAAACACCCUAAAGAAAAAUAAAGAAACACCCCUCACAUGUACCUCUAGUUUUGAUUUGACUUUCAACACAGACAAACCAAGAUCUGCACCGGAUACCCCAGUAAACUGCUCACGACCCAACCCAGACUCUAAAACCUCACCAAAACCACAAGCCAGAAGGAAACUCAUUUUAGUUCCUCAAAAUGAACCAAGCUCCAACACAUUUCAGCAUUGUUUAAACAAUAGUUCUCAAUGUACUCUGUGGUCCAGUAAAGAAAACAUAUGCAGUCGACCAGAGAGCGGUUCUGUCGCAAGGAAUGAACUGUCCGAAAAGGUUUCUGAUAAAGGGCCCAUACAUCACACUGGGAACUCUGUCAGUACAAAUGUCAGAAUUCACACAAACAAAGCCAAUGUCCCAGAUGAAAAUAGCAACAGUGACUGUCAGUCUGUAAAUACAGAUAACUGUAAGAACUGUAUGAAAAAUGCAUUGACCUUGAAAGGGCCAGUGAUUUGCCAGUCACAGGAACGUGAAUGUUCUGAAAGUCAUACAAGGAAAGCACAGGUGACAGACCACAGCAGUCAGCUGCACAGCAUCGAGAACUACAUCAGCAAGGACAGAGACAGUCUCAAAUGCAAAGACACACAAGACAAACUGAAAGGUGUUCAUGAUGAGAAUGAAUAUCCAGCAAAACACAAUUGCUCCGUCUGCCAGAGGAAAUGCAACGGAAGUUGUUUGCAGAGAUGUGAGCGUCCGAGGAGUACAGACCAGUCGAAAGCAGCACCUUUGAGACACUGUAACAGUUGGGAGAAGCAAACUCUCCGGACAUUGGAUGGGAUCUUGACCAAGGCUUUCCACCCCCGCACUGGUUUACCUUUACUCUCGAGCCCUGUUCCACAAAGAAAAACACAGUCAGGGUAUUUUGAUCUGGACACAUCAUUACUGAAAAUUAAAGGUUUAUCCACACAGAGACUGCUACCAUUUGUUAAAACAGAAUCUAUAGCCAAACCUCUCAGUUGCAGUGCUCCACCUGCUCCGUGUCUAAGCCUCCUUGGGAAUUUUGAGGAAUCUGUUCUGAACCAUCGAAUAGAACCCUUGGGCAUUGUUGAGGGUUUUACUGCAGAAGUUGGGGCAAGCGGAGUUUUCUGCCCAACCCACAUGACCCUGCCUGUCAAGGUGUCUUUCUUCAGUGUUUCAGAUGACAAUGCCCCCUCUCCAUAUAUGGGUAAUAUUACACUGGAGUCUCUUGGCAAAAGGGGUUAUCGUAUACCUCCUUCUGGAACCAUACAAGUGACCUUAUUUAAUCCAAACAAGACAGUGGUGAAAAUGUUUGUGGUGAAAUAUGACUUGCAAGAUAUGCCAGCCAAUCACCAAACAUUCCUCCGUCAGAGAACCUUUUCUGUUCCUGUCAAGAAAGAAAGAAAGGGAAUGAUGGAGAACAACAUUAUGAAGACAGAGGACAGGACAUUACGCUACCUCAUUCACCUGAGGUUCCAGAGUUCCAAGUCUGGGAAGAUCUACCUCCACAGAGAUGUCAGACUUAUCUUUUCUCGAAAGUCAAUGGAAGUUGAUAGCGGUGCCGCAUACGAACUCAAGUCCUACAUAGAUACCCCAACAAAUCCCACGUUUUCAGCCAGGUGUUGAACAGACUGCAGAUGAGAGAAUCUUUGGCUUGCAAAAUUAAAAUUAGCUUGACUUCAAAUGGCAAAGAAAGGCUGUAUUCUUAUGGAAACGAACACCUGCAAAAAAAAUGGACCAGCUCCAGAGAUUUUCUUAAAUGUACUCUGUGUAUUUCAUGUAGACUGGAAAUGAAUAGAGUCCUAACGCAUUUUUUUUUCUACUAUGUAAUGCCACUUGAUUGGAUGUGUGCCGCCUUAGCAAUUCUUCCUGUUAGUUUAGUGUUUACACAUUUUAUUUUUAUUUAAUAUUUAAUGUUUCAUUUACUACACAAGUGAUUGUUUGUUUGUCUAAGUGUUCUAAUGUAGCACAAAGCCUAUGUAAAAUCAUACAAUGUAUUUUUGACAGUAAUAUUGAAAUCUAAAAUAUAUAUAAAUCUUAAAAACA